UCUUUCGUUGGAUCUUUAUCCUCUGUUAAUAUUGAGGAAUAUAAUAAUAUACGACGAAAUUGUUAUUGGUAAAACCCUAAUUUCAUCGUUCGGACUACAGGGAUUUUCUUUCUGAAGUGCUUUUAUCCGUUCAAUUCGUAGAAAUUCGUAAAAAAGUGGAACAGAUAAAGGGUUCCGCGCGUUUCAAAGUACUCUUAAAGUUUUCGGGGAAGGUGAUGAAUUCGUGUGAUCAUGUGAGUGUGCUUAUCAUCAUCUCUGCUUUUUCUCAGCUUCAAUGGGUGAAUUUGAGCUUCUUCCGCUAUGCUGUUUGUUUUCUUCUAGUGUUGUGCGCUUUUGUUUGGGGUUUUGGAUUUUUUCAGGAUGUACUUCUCGUGUUUCUUUCGUGUUUCUCAAAGUUGUGGAUCCCGUCUUGUUUGGUGUUUCCUUUUGGUUCUAUUAUGUAAAUGGUGGGGUGCCUGAGCCGGAGAUAAUGGCAUUGGUAACUCAUCAGACACAGGGUUCUUGUGCAGCAUUUCCCUCAAGUUCUCUGUCAGGGACCAAAGGCACAAAGUUGAGACGACAGUUUGUAACAACACUUCACUUGGUUAAAAGAAGAGAGUGCUGUAACUCAUUAAAGUGCAGUUUUUGUCUGAGGCUGCCUUCUGUUCGACGGUCAAAUGGAAAACCUUUAAAAAUUUCAGCCUUCAAAGGUAGUGCUCAAAAUGAUGAGACAGGAGGCAAAGCCAAUGCGUCAAAGUUCCCCAAGAAUUCUAUUGAGCUUUCCUAUGCACCACAAGAGAGUGAAGAAAGUGUCAAGGAAUCUCCAAAGGUGCAGAAUGCCCCACUUUCCUAUUCCUCUGAAGGGAAUGAGACAAUGGCUGGAUCUGCUGCCAUACAUAACCUGUUCAAGAAAUGGUUGACAAUGUUGCGCACGCAAUCACCGAAUAAUGUGGCUGGUGAGAUUUUAGGGGGCAGAUCACCACUGAGACAAACUUCAGAAGCUCAAAAUGGGAACCAGCAAAAGAAAAAAAAUGAGAUUUGGAAGGCAGUUUGGUUCUACUUUCUGGGUUUGGAUGUAACCAUAAAGAUACCCUUGCUAAUAUUCAUUCCUUUGUACUUGGCAGUUAAUGUUUUUCAUGGGGCUGAUGUUUCUAAGGAGUUAGUUCCUUUGUGGGUUUUUGGGCCACUGAUCAUUGCACUCUACAUCAAGAUGCUGCAGGGGAUAUGGGCACUCUAUGUCUUCUCCUUCAAACAGACAGUUACCGUGGCAAGAAACCUUCCCACUUACUACCUUUUGGUCCAUAAUUAUGUUGCCCAAGGGAAGUUGAAACAUGACAUUCGAGCUUGUUUUUGGCAACCUGUGGUGGAUCUUAAGAACAUGGACUACAAAGAAUUUUGGAGAAGGAAGCUGAAAGUUUUGCAAGAGUGGGUGGUGGAGAAGUACCAGGAUUAUGUGGAAUCAAUAUGGCCUCAUUACUGCCGAACAAUCAGGUUUUUAAAGAGGGCUAAUCUCAUCUAGAUUUUAUGGCUGUAAUUUGAAGCAAGACCCGGGGGAGAGCAGGCAGUGGGGUGUCUAUAAUCGAAGAGGUCUUUCUUAAAAUGUCUCAGGAGGCAGAGAUUAAACGAAGCUGGAAACCCCAUUUUGGUCUCGGGUUCUCUCAAGUCUUCUUUAGGAGGUUCAAGAUUACCACAUUUAGAGUGGUUUGAUUUCUGUAAUAUUUUUUUUGGAAAGCAAUUAUUUCUCAUUCUUCCAAGUUUCAAAAUGAUUAUUGUUUUCCCCUUUCUUCUGCAUUCACUUGUACCCACUGUAUUCUGAGGUUCCAUAAUGCGAAAAAUGGAAAUGGUUACAACUGUA